CAGCCGCAGCCUCCUCCUCCAUCUCUGCAGCAGCAGGAACAAUAAGCAGCGGAGCUGAGGAGUCACUGCUGCCGCCUGCCUGCGCUCCUCUCCGGCUGCAUCGCUCCGUGUGUGCGGGAGGAACCGAGCUGGUGUGAGCGGCUCCGCGGACCGGGCCGGGAGGGACACGGGCAGGGGGAAGAUGUCCUCCCCGCAGGUCUCCUCGUCCCGCAGACAGUCAUGUUAUCUGUGCGACCUGCCCCGGAUGCCCUGGGCCAUGAUCUGGGACUUCACCGAGCCCGUGUGCCGGGGCUGCGUCAACUACGAGGGCGCGGACCGGGUCGAGUUCGUCAUCGAGACCGCCCGGCACCUGAAGCGGGCGCACGGCUUCCAGGAGGGUCGGUCCUCCAGCGGGGGCCCGCAGCAGCCCGCCAUGGCCAAGAGCCAGGCGGUGCCACUGACCGGGAAGGAGCCGGUGGGGCAUCCCGCCCACCACCAACUCCAGGCGGACGCACCGACGAAGUCCCAGCAGCCCGGGUUGGACCGGUACUCGCUCGGUGCGGACAGCCGCGCUCGGUUCGACUACAGCGGACACAGCAGCCGGCUGCCCAACGGCCUCGCAGGACCGAACGGGUUCAAACCGGAGGACGGACCGCCCGAGCUCAACCGACAGAGUCCGAACUCGAGGAGCAGGAGCCACGGGGGGCCGGGCCCGGCACCGGGACAGAUCAAUGUGCCGCCGAACCUGCUGCCCCAGACCCUGCUGAACGGACCGGCCCCGCACGGCAUGGCGAGCCGAGGCGCCCCGCAGGGCUCCAUGGCCAGUGUCUCCAUGCCCGGGCAGGUGGGGAUGCCUGACCCGGCGGGGAAGCGACCGGCCUCGGUGUCCAGCACGGACCAGGAGCGGGAGCUGAAGGAGAAGCAGCGGAACGCGGAGGCUCUGGCCGAGCUGAGUGAGAGUCUCCGGAACCGGCAGGAGGAGUGGGCCAGCAAGCCGAAGGCGGUGCGGGACACGCUGCUCACUCUGUCCGGCUCGACCCCGUUCGACGUCCGCUUCAAGAAGGACCACGGGCUGGUCGGCAGGGUGUUCGCCUUCGACGCGGUGUCCAAACCCGGGUUGGACUUCGAGCUGCGGAUCUUCAUCGAGUACCCGAGCGGCUCCGGGACCGUGUUCUCCAGCGCCUCGGGGGUGGCCAAGCAGAUGUACCAGGACUGCAUGAAGGACUUCGGCCGGGGGUUGUCCUCCGGCUUCAAAUACCUGGAGUACGAGAGGAAGCACGGCUCCGGGGACUGGCGGCUGCUCGGGGAUUUAUUACCGGAGUCCCUGCGGUUUUUUAAGGAGGGUUUGGGGGGAGACAUGCUCCCCCAGCCCUACAUCGACGGCAGCUACCCGCUGCUGCCCACCUCCCUGGUGCUGUCCGGCCGAUCGGUGGCCUCAGGCAGCGGGAGCAGCAGCUCCAGGGCCGCGGUGCGGAAGAGGAAAGCCUCCCCGGAGCCGGACCCAGCGGAGGCCGGGCUCAAGCUGGAGGAGCAGCAGAGGCAGCAGUGGAUCAACAGCCAGACCGAAGCCCUCAAGCUGUCCAUGGCAGCGGGCUCCUUCGCCGGGGCCGCUUCCUCCCUCGGGCCGGGACACCCCGGCCUCUCCGGCCGCUCCUCUCCCCCGGAGCCCGCUGCCGCUCCGCAGAACGGACAGUCCCCGAUGGCCGCGCUCAUGUCUGCCGCCGACACGCUCGGGAACGCGCAGUCCCCCAACAAGGACAGAGACUCCGUGCACUCCACCACCUCCUCCAGACACAACAGCAGCCCGGUGUCCCCCGCAUCCGUGUCCGGACAGAGGCGCCUCUCGUCCCGCAACGGAGACCUCGGGCUGCCCUCUCAGUCCGCGGGGGGCAUGGACCAGGGGCACGCUCAGAACGUGCCCGACUCCCCCAUGGCCAACAGCGGGCCCCUGUGCUGCACCAUCUGCCACGAACGGUUAGAGGACACGCAUUUCGUGCAGUGUCCCUCCGUCCCCAACCACAAGUUCUGCUUCCCCUGCUCCAGGGAGAGCAUCAAGGCCCAGGGCGCCUCCGGGGAGGUGUACUGCCCCAGCGGGGAGAAGUGCCCCCUGGUCGGCUCCAACGUGCCCUGGGCCUUCAUGCAGGGGGAGAUAGCCACCAUCCUGGCCGGAGACGUGAAGGUGAAGAAGGAGAGAGACCCCUGAGGAGGAGGAGGAGGAGCAGGGGGAGACUUUGAACUCUUCCUCUCUGUUCCACUGCUCCAUGAACCACAGUGAGUGGCUGAGCCUCAACACUUCAUGAGUCUGUCACGGGGAAACAUUGACCUGGAGGUCAAUCCGCUGCAGAUAACCAGCUCAUGUGAUGGAUCAUCAUCUGAGAGAGCUGACACCUCCUCACCUCUCUGGAGGAAUGAAGCUGCUCUUUAGUCUGUCCAAUGGAAAUCAAGUCAGAGGUGACGUCUUCAAGGAUCCAGGUUUAAAACGUUUCUCAUAAAGAAAACUGAAACUCAGAGUUAAUGAAAGAUUUAAUCAACUAUCAAAGCAGUUGCCUGAUUAUUUUCUACCUAAUCAUUUAAUAAUCUACCAAUUAUUAUAAUAAAAUAAUAAUAUCCAUUAUCAGUGUCUGUGCUAUAAUUUAAAAUAAAUUCUCCAUCACCGUCUCCGACUGAAAAAAGAACAAACAUCAUUUUAAACAAUCGUCAAGCAGGUCCAUUAGUUUCAUGAAACAUUUGGAACCUGUGCUCAAAAGGACAAAGUUCCAGGAUAUCAAUCAGAGGUCUUGAACCCGAGGCUCCGCGGUGUCCCUGGGGUCCAGAGCCUCCAGGACCGGUCCUGUAUUUGUGGCAGACGACUGCAUGUCUUAACCAACUGAACACAACUUCCUCCGGCUCGUUUAUCUUCAGAAUGUUAAAGUAAUUUUCACUCUAUGUUUUUCUCAAGAUUUAAGGUCCCAUGGAUAAAUCCUUAUUUCUGUUUCCCGCGGGUCCUCUCUGAGGACGGACAGAUUAUUGGACGUGUAUCCAGCUCAGUGAAGGUCCUUGAUGGGUCUGAUGAGUCAGAAGAUGUGUGGGGGGGGUUGUCUCUGGUAUCCUGACGUUUAGAGCGAAUACAAAAAACACAGAUUAAACACACAUUAAAAGUUGUUAAAGUGGAGGUGACGCUCCUGCAGGCGGAGGAGAUUCUUGUCGUACUGAAACUCUGUGAAAGUGAAGAUGUUAGAAAUGAAAGAAGGAGAAAAAGAACGAAUCAUAAUCAAAUCACGUCUUUGACAAGUGACGUCACAAAUGAAAGAAUCAACGCGUUAAAGACGUUGUUCAUUGGAUCAGUGUAGAGACUCAGGGUCUCCUCUAGAAAACUGUUUUCAGACACGAGCACAGGAGAAUAUCACCAUGUUGUGUAGUCAGUGGGAAGCAGCAGCAGGUUGUUUCUGGACAUGUUGUGUAGUUGGUGUUUGUGAAGCAGCAGCAGGUUGUCGGGUCCGACUCAUUCAAACAGGAACAUGUGGGAACAUCCAGGCGAGGGGCGGAGCCUGUAGAGCAGAAGGGGCGGAGCCUGUAGAGCAGAGUUCUUCCAGUUUCACGUCCGUCACGUGUUAGUAACCUCAUCGACACGUCCACCCGCUCUCUGGGAAGCUCGUCAUUUACCCCACAGUUAUAACUUUUAUUACUUAUUAACUGAAUUAUUCCUGAGCCAGUUGAAAAGGCCUGUCAGUCAUCCAUCAGGAAUCAAGAUGGCGUUUGGUUUGAUUAUCAGAAUCUAUGACUGACCUGAGAGAACUUUGAUUCUAGGGAGGUAAUGAGCACAGGUUCAAAGUGGAGAUGAAGUGAAGAGCAUUUACAGAAUAUAACUGGACUCUGUAAAGUGUGAACAUUCAUCGCUAAAUGUUUUUUGACUUUUUCCAUGGUCCAAAAAACCCAAACCCACCUGGUCUAUAAAGAGAUGAGGCUUUUUCAGGGUUUGAAAUCCUUGAUGCUAGAAGGUUCAGUUUCUUCCCCCAGGAGAAAUCAGCAGCUGCUUCAGCUCUGCAACAGGUGAUUUAUGUCGUUUCACAGAGAAACUGAAAAAGACAUAAAGAUAAUCAAUCGCCAAAAUCAUAUUUAAAGCAAAAAUGAACUGGUUCCAGCCUCUGUUCUGGUUUCUUUCAUCCUGAGCUGAAGACGUCACCUUGGACUCUGAUUCACUAUUUACGGACACUUUACAGAAUAAACGAUCAAUUGAGUAAAUGUUUUACAAUUGAAAAAUUAACAUUAGUUGCCCCAAACCACGAAGACAUUCAGUAAAUAGUGAACUAAAGAAUAUAUGUGGAAAUUAUCAUAAAUUGGAUAAAUUUACAUCCAGAUUUCUCAGCAACUGAUUUAUUCUUAAUUUUGCCAUGGACGUUUGUGUGAAGCACUUUGUAACCUCGUUUAGAUAAGUGCUAUACAAAUAAAGUUAUUAUUAUUAUUCUUAUUCUAAAAACGAAUGUCAAUUCAUCAAAAGAAGACUAGUCCCUCCGCUGACAGAUGAACAGAGAAGGAUUCAGAACACGUUGUUUCAGACAGAAACAUAUAAAUAUUCUACAUGUGGAUGUUCCAGAAUAAGAGUUGAAGUGUUUUCAUUGUGGUGGAGGUGACGGAGGUGUGACCAGUGAUGGUGUUGUGUGUAAACAGAUGGUUCAGAGAGUGAGACAGCUCUCAGUCACAGAUUCCUCAUCACACCAUCAGUUGAUUUUAUACAAUCAUGUGGGUAAAAUUAUUUUUUAUAGGAGUUUUAAGCAAUUUUUUUUUUUUUUUUUUUUUAUUAUUAAUUUUUGUGAAUUUUCUUCUUAAACAUGGUCUUUCUUUUUUUUUUACAAUUUCUUACUGCAAUAAAUCUUGUCUUCAGGUUUUUACAGUUUUUCUGUUCCACAUCUAGAAGUUUGACUUGGUCAAAUGAACCAUUAGAAUACACAGGCCCUGUGUUUCUUAGUAUUUUCUGUUUGUGUACCGUCCGUUGAUAAAAAGGAUAAAACAGAUGAAACACAUUUGAUCUUGUAACGUGCCUUGGAGCUGAGUCAGUUGUAAUAAAUUUCAUUGGUAUGAACCUU